AUGCAUAUAGCCGUCCAGCAUCCCCCAAGUAUUCCAUUACAGAUAUUGGCGGGUCCUGGUAGCGGGAAGACUAAAGUCCUCACCGCUCGUAUUGCGAAUCUCAUAUCUGAACACAACAUUCCUCCAUAUGCUAUAUGCGCUGUAACCUUCACGAAUAAAGCCGCGAGCGAGAUGCGCGAACGUCUGACGAAGCUCAUUGGGAAGGCCCAAACUAGUCAGAUCAAGAUGGGGACAUUCCAUGCUCUCUGUGCGACAUUUCUAAGAAGAUACCCAAGACUUGUUGGGGUGGAAGGGAAUUUCACAGUCUGCGAUGCUGAUGAGAGCAAGAAGAUUGUCAAGAAGCUUCUUGAGAAAUACAAGCAGUUCUUGGUAGAGCGCGAUAUCUCUUUGAAAGAAGCAACCGUGCUCUCCAUGAUCUCCAAGGCCAAAGCCAAGGGCCGCUCCGCGAUCGACCUCCAAGAAGAACACUUGAAUAGAGAUAAUCGGUCGUCCAUAACAGCCGAGAUUGACAGAGUGGUUGCGGAAAUAUAUGGAGAAUACGAGAGAAUACUCAGGAGAAACAACAGUCUGGAUUUCGACGAUCUCCUUGUAUUUGGCGUCAAACUAUUUAGUGGACACCGCAAGGUCGGUCUAUGGUGCCAGCACGUUCUCGUAGACGAAUUCCAAGAUACAAACACCGUCCAAUAUGAACUCAUGAAGUGCAUCGCUGCCGCCAACAAAUGUGUCACCAUAGUUGGUGAUCCUGAUCAAUCCAUCUAUGGCUGGAGAUCAGCUGAAAUCGAGAAUCUGGAACGCAUGCAGAAAGAUUUCCCCACUACCCAGCAGAUCUUCCUGGAGCAAAACUAUAGAUCAACUGCAUCCAUCCUGGCAGCAAGCAUGGCGAUUGUGUCUCAAGACAAUACAAGAGUGCCGAAAACACUCCGAACUUCGUGCCCAACAGGCCCCACACCCGUACUUCAGUCAUUUCCAUAUGACAAUAACGAAGCUGCGUUCAUUGCUGCAGAGAUAAAGAGAUUAGUAGCUGUGACAGGAGGUAUGCUCGGAUGGGGCGACUUCGUUAUCCUUCUGCGAUUCAAUGCACUAUCACGAUCCAUCGAGAGUGCUCUGCAGAAAGAGGGAAUACCAAACCGUGUCUUGGCGGGACAUAAAUUCUUCGAUCGUCUAGAGGUCAAGGAUAUCUUGGCAUACUUACAGUUCGUCGAUAAUCCGCACUUUGCACCAGCAUUCUCAAGAGCAAUCAAUGUGCCCGGGCGAAGCAUUGGGGAAAAGGCAAGUGAGACGCUAGAAAGUGGUUAUAUCCCGGAUCUCUUGUCCGCCGCACAACGGCUGCAGAUCAGUCCUUUUGAGGUGGUACAACGUAUCUAUGAUGGAAAGACUCCUGACAUUAAGCCCCCUGUCAAACGCAAGCUCGCCUCGUUCCUGCCACCUCUGCGAGAAUUACGCAAAUUGGCGCAGUCGGGCAUGCAGCCACCGGACCUCAUCCGUCGCUUCCUGGAUCUCAUCGACUACAAAAGUCAUUUGAUGAAGACGCAGCCAGACUGGGAAAGUCGAUGGGACAAUGUGCAAGAACUCAUCAACUACGCGAGCGAGGUUGAAAUCACUGCGUCGUCGCAACAACGAGAUUAUGACGAUGUUUCUGACGGAGAGGACACUCCAUUACGAUUGUUUCUCCAGGCAUCAAUGCUCUCUACAGACACCGAGACACAAGGAGAUGAUGGGAAGGAGAAGGUAACAAUUGCCACUUGCCAUGCUGCGAAAGGCUUGGAAUGGCCAGUAGUAAUGAUACCUGCAGUGGAGAAAGGCACUUUUCCAUCCUCACGAGCAGAAGAUAUUCACGAGGAAAGACGUUUGUUAUAUGUGGCCUGCACACGAGCGCAAGGUCUGCUCUACCUCUCAUAUUCCACGGCAAGGAUGGUAUCCGGCGAAGUCAAGCGGAAAGAGCCAUCGGAUUUCCUCCUUCCUUUACACGGUCAGGUUCGUUGCGGGCUUCAACCGAAUGCAUUUUGGCGUCAUGUUCAUUUCACUCUUAGGACUUGUUCAGCAAUCAGACACCGAAUUUGA